AUGGCGCACAGCCUUGAGAUAAGAGUGCAGGUGGCGAGUCACAGCAGAGUGGAGCAUCUGCUGUGCAGGGACAGCAUUCGGCUCGCCGACGACGAGAGUGUGGUCUGUGUGGAUCGCGAGGGCAACGCUGUCGGCGACGAUGCGGGAGGAGGCCCGAAGGGAGAGGGAAGGCAUUGUGCUGAGCGUGGGAAAGCAGGGGCAGAGAUAAUAUGGUGGCGCGACCGCAACAAGCGGUUGUCGCUUGCCUCCAAUAGACUGCGAUGGCCGUGCGAAUUUACCCUGUUUCUCUCCCAACGACCGGCCCUCAUCGACCUUUUACAGGCUCACGAGCUGGACCAAAAGAUCCAAGACGUCUACAGGCGCAUCCAGACAGAGCGCAAGGUGCUCGAGGCAUGUCAGAACCUCCGCCAUGCUACGACAAACCAAGAAGUCCUCCGCCGCAACGAUGCUAACAUCAAAGAGGCGGAGCGCUCUCUUUCCUACUUCGAGAAUACCCUUCGUGAGCUCCAAGAUCGCAAGCUCCAGAUGCAGCGCGACGAUCGAGGUGGAUCGUCCAGUUCCCCCAGCGCUACCUCGUCUCCUACGUUAAGGUCUACCCCGCUUGGAGGCAGAGACAGAUUUGCUCAGCAGUCGGGUGACUUCGACGCCCAAGGCCGGGCGCAGCAUUCCCCCGAGGCCCAAACUGCUAACUUAGAUAGCGACCGCGCCCCCAAGGUCAAGAAUUACACCAACUUAGACUUAAUCAAGGCCGACACCCCUCACUCCACCGCGAAGAUCGCCCGCAUGCUUCAUCAACUUGAAUUCAAACUGCAAGUUGAAAUGCAGUACAAGAAGGGUAUCGAGAAGAUGGUCAAACUCUACCAGGCUGACGGCGAUAAGAAGUCUCGUGCGGAUGCAGAAAGCAAACGCGUGGAGAGUGAAAAAAAGAUUCAGCUUCUGCAGGCCGCUCUCAAACGCUACAAAAACUUGCAUAUCCUGGACGACGCAGACGACGACGACGAAGAUGAACGUGACGGUGAUCAGAAAUCCAAUCUUCGUUCGAAACUACUCUCCGGCAAGCUAUAUGUCACCAUCAAAGGCGCACGAGAAUUCGAUCAUGCUCCCAUUGUCACUGCACGUUCUCGUUCGGCUGCGAAGCAGGGUGUAGACACCUAUGUCUCCCUCAAGGUUGAAGGCACUCCUCGCGCACGUACGCAUCCCUCUCGCACCGACCGAUGGAACGAGGAUUUCGAGAUCACCGUCGACAAGGCAAACGAAGUCGAAAUUGCAGUAUACGAUAAGCAGGUCAGCGAACCGCACCCGGUGCCCAUCGGCCUUUUAUGGAUCGGGAUUAGUGAUCUUGUCGAAGCUCUCCGUCGCCAGAAGGUGCUGAUGGAGAGUGGGCAAGGGGGCUGGGUCACUGCGGGAGAUAUGAACAAGUCACCAGGAUCGCCUUCUCCGGGUGCUCUCGGUCACGGUAGCACUAGUUCUGGUGAUUAUAAUGCACCCCUCAACUUCAAUGCAAGCGCAGGCCCCGGAGGCGCCGCAUCCCAUGGUAGCGCGCAGGCAGAGGGUAUUGACGGCUGGUUCGCGGUCGAACCAGCGGGUGCUUUGGCCCUGCAUCUCAAUUUUGUCAAGGAGAACGUUCGGAAACGGCCUUUGGACGCACCUGGUGGCCUUGGCCGGCAAGGUGCUGUUCGCAAACGCAAGGAUGAAGUUCAUGAGAUGAAUGGCCACAAGUUUGUUCAAAAGCAGUUUUACCAGCUCAUUCUAUGCGCAUUCUGCAGCGAGUUUCUGCUUAACGCGACUGGAUAUCAGUGCGAGGACUGUCGAUAUACAUGUCAUAAGAAAUGCUACGAGAAGGUCGUCACGAAGUGUAUCUCGAAGUCCAAUGCCGGGGAGGGCGACGAGGAGAAGAUCAAUCACAGAAUACCUCAUAGGUUCGAGCCUAUCACCAAUAUUGGAACGAACUGGUGUUGUCACUGCGGGUCUAUGCUGCCCCUUGGUCGCAAAAACGCUCGCAGAUGCUCGGAGUGCGACAUUACGUGUCAUGCCAACUGCGCGCAUCUCGUUCCCGAUUUUUGCGGUAUGUCGAUGGAAACCGCGAAUACGCUCCUGCGCAACUGGCGAGACAUCAAUCGAGCGCGCGACGGCAAGGUGGCUACAUCCACACGGCCUCCUCGCCAACCGAGCACAAUCGCUGCUCCGCCUGAUAUGAGCCAAAUUUCUGGUGAUUUCGAUCGUCUUCGGCUCACUCCUGCCGCCGAGCAGUCUCCACUGCCCACUGAUGGCUAUGGUCGGCCGCAACCCCAACAGUACCUACAACAACCCCUACCGUCGGAUCGACGACAACAGCAACCGCUUCCCGGUCCAACCCUCACUCCAGCUCCACCACCCGGAGCCCGUGCUCCCGUGCCCCCUGCCUAUGCCGAGCCUUUAAGCCAGCCGCGUCCCGGCUCCGGCGUGAUCGAACAGGUGGUCGAUCCUUACUCUGCCCAAGGUCGUCUGCAACAACAGCAGGCCCCCAACAUCCCACCAAAACAAUAUGUUGGACAGACUGGGCCGAUGCCGCCACAGCGUGUACCAGUUCCAGGCGAACGCCUGCCCAUGCAUCCAGCGCAGAAUAUGCAGAUGCAACAACAACAGCGGCAGGGGACGAUACAAGGACGACCGAAACGCAAAGUUGGAUUAGACGACUUUAACUUCUUGGCGGUGCUCGGGAAGGGCAACUUUGGUAAGGUCAUGUUGGCGGAAGAGAAGGCCUCAAACAGCCUGUACGCUAUCAAGGUUUUGAAGAAGGAGUUCAUCAUCGACAACGACGAAGUCGAGAGCACACGGUCGGAGAAACGUGUGUUUUUGGCUGCGGCCAGGGAACGGCAUCCGUUCUUGCUCGGGCUGCACUCGUGCUUCCAGACCGAGACGCGUGUCUACUUCGUUAUGGAGUACGUCAGCGGAGGAGAUCUUAUGUUGCACAUUCAGCGCAAGCAGUUCUCACUGCGGCAGGCUAAGUUCUAUGCGUCGGAGGUUUUGCUCGCGCUGGAAUACUUCCAUGCCAACGGUAUCAUCUACCGUGACCUGAAAUUGGACAAUAUCCUCUUGACCCUAGACGGACACGUCAAGGUGGCAGAUUACGGUCUCUGUAAAGAAGAGAUGUGGUUCGGACAGACUACCAGCACAUUCUGCGGUACCCCCGAAUUUAUGGCACCUGAGAUACUUCUCGAGCAACGAUAUGGCCGCGCAGUCGAUUGGUGGGCGUUUGGAGUCUUGACUUACGAAAUGUUGUUGGGACAGUCUCCAUUCCGCGGAGACGACGAGGAUGAAAUUUUUGACGCCAUCCUUGAAGACGAACCAUUAUACCCGAUCACAAUGCCUCGUGACGCUGUCUCUAUCUUGCAAAAGCUUUUGACGCGGGAUCCCGCACGACGUCUUGGGUCAGGCAAGGCUGACGCAGAAGAAAUCAAGAGACAUCCAUUCUUCAAGGAUGUCAGCUUCGAUGAUGUAUUGAACAAACGCAUACCCCCUCCUUACUUCCCUACGAUCAACGGCAGUGCCGACACGAGCAACUUUGACGAGGAGUUUACGAAAGAGCAGCCGACACUGACGCCCGUGCACGCGCAGCUGUCAUCGCGUGACCAACAAGAGUUCAACGGGUUCUCAUGGGUGGCGACGUGGGCGGAUAAUUGUCGUACAGUUCAGGGUUCGUUGGUCUGCUUCGAUGCAACGACAUGCCCGCCGGUGCCUGGAAGGCCUGGAGGCUGCUCCUCCAUGGUGGACGCAUCUCCUUUCUGUCCGCGCAUGAGCUCGUGGAAACUGCUCCAGAGCGACGCGAUGGUCUCAUAUUCCUUCGUCAUCCCAAGAACCUCCUCGAGCUUGCGGUUGAGAAUGUUGCUCGAGGAGAGCAACUCCUCGAAGCCCUGCGAUAGAGAUGAGGACGCUGAUGUCUUCAGUCGCACAGGCAGGUGGAGGGCAGAUACGGACUGUGGUGAUUUCGCUCGCCAAUCGGUCGCGCUCCCGCUCAAAGUACGACGAUUCAUCGUCGGAAGACAUACGGCUGCACCGACUGAGACUGUGGUGGUUGGGUACAAUCGAACUGUGAUGGUCUCCGGGCGAACUGGAAUUGGCGCGGAAAACACCGCGCUUGUGGCGGUACACGUGAUCACGUUUGCCGGAAUAUCUGCUCGAAAAGGAGGCUCGAAUUGGAGCUUCGACACUAUCAGGGCGAGUGCCUGUUUACGAAUGGUACUUACUCCGACGGACCGACCAUUAUACUCCCUUUGGCAGCAGUUUUGA